AACCAGCACUUAAGAAUUGUCUAUUGGCAAUUCAAAACGCAAAGUUCAAAAAAGAUACUCUCUUGAAAACUCCCUUCUUGUUUACCAACCCAAUUAAGAAUUUCAAUAUAUUCCGUCCUAGCUCUGAAGAUGCUACUUCCCUAUGGACUAUCACUGGUCCAUCAAAGACUCUAUUCUUGAAGGUCUUGGCUGGUGAGUACAUAUCUCAUCCUCCGUUAUCAAGAAGUUACCCAUUGUUAACUGACACUUCCCAAUUGAAGUUCCUCAACUUUAGAGAUAAUUCCGGUUUAGACAAGGUACAUAUGUCUGCGAGAUAUGAGACUUAUUCGUACCGGGGAGAAAUGGAUUGGAGCGAUGAUGUCAACUCAGUGGUGAAUUACGUUACCGGAUUAAACAAUUUUAACAACAAGGACAAGGAAGUCAAUGAGGAAUACGUGGAUGUUUUGUUGGACUUGUUCAAUUUAAAGCAUUUACGUUCCAAAUGGAUCAACACAUUGAGUAACGGACAAUUACGUCGUGCAAGAAUCGCUAAAUCCCUUAUUGAAAAGCCAAGCUUGUUAAUCAUUGAUGAUCCAUUUUUAGGUUUGGAUCCAACAAAUACGUUAUCUGUCAGUGAAGCAUUGAAUAAUGUGAGUAAGACCUUGGAUAUUAGUAUUGUGCUCGGAUUGAGAGUUCAGGAUGAUAUUCCUUCUUGGAUCAACAGUUUGGGGUAUGUUGACGACACUGGGUUGAAAGUAGGUGGGUUAAUCCUGGAGGUCGCUGACGAAUAUCACAAACACGCGGGACAAUUAGAGAAUAUUCAUCAUGAGCAUGAAAAGUUCCAUACGCUCAAAAAACCACAGUUGGAACCAAUUACCAGCAAAGAUUUGCAGGAGCCGAUUCAUAUUGAAUUUAACAAUGCCGCUGUAUCCUACAAGGGAUUAGUCAUUUUGAAAGACUUUAACUGGAAGAUUCCUCAGGGAAGCAAAUGGAGAAUUCUCGGUAACAAUGGAACAGGAAAGACUACCAUCCUUUCAUUGAUCACAGGUGACCAUCCUCAAUCGUGGAAAUCUGUAAUCAAAGUCAAUGGCCAGUUAAGAAAAACUGGCUGUGGUGUUGGGUUCUUUGAUGUUAACAACCACAUUGGUAUCUCGUCACCUGAAUUACAUGCCUUGGUUCCACAGCAUAGCCAGAGUAUGUUGGAUGUGAUUUACAAUGGACUUGCUAAGGACGUUGGUAACUCCAACUUUUUAUAUAGGGGCAAGCCCGAGAGUAUCCCUGAGGAAUCCAAGAAAUACCUCGCACAAUUCCAAGAUAGAUUAGAAAAAUUCGGUAACACCAAGUUCAUUGAUCUUAGUAUGACUGAUCAGAAACUUGCAUUAUUCUUACGAGCAAUCGUCAAACAACCAACGGUGCUAAUCCUCGAUGAAGCAUUUUCAUGUAUGGAAGAUGAAGAAGUCAUGAUGAAAUGCCAUGAUAUUAUAGAAAACGACUUGCCAGAAACAACUACUGUAUUAUCUAUUGGACACUUGGAUUGGGAAGUACCUAAAUGUGACUACAUGAUCAAACUCCAUGGUGAUGACGCUAGAACCUACUCUUUGUAUAAAUAUGUAUAGGAUGCAAACGCCGAGUCGUGUGUGAACCCAUAAAAUAAAAAAAUUGCAACCGAUAAUAAAAAUAUGCCGCGGU